GUAUUUGUUUUUAGUUACGAUCACUGGAUCCUUUUCUUUUAUUGGAUGAAUUCAAAGUAUGCAAACCAGCUGGUUUUCCCGAUCACCCUCACCGUGGCUUUGAAACGGUCACAUACAUGCUGCAAGGAUCAUUCAUGCAUGAAGACUUUUGUGGACACAAAGGAACCAUAAAUCCAGGAGAUCUACAGUGGAUGACUGCUGGUCGGGGUAUAGUGCAUUCUGAAAUGCCAGCUGGUGAUGGAGAUAAUGUGGGACUACAACUGUGGAUAAAUUUAAAGAAGAAAGAUAAAAUGGUUGAGCCACGCUAUCAAGAAUUAUUAAAUAAAGACAUACCAUCUGUCAGUAAAGAUGGAGUUCAUGUAACAGUAAUUGCUGGAGAUUCACUUGGAGCUAGUUCUCCUGUGCGUACAUUAACUCCAACUGUUUAUCUUGAUUUUAAGAUGGACAAAGGAAGUCAUCUUUCCCAGCCUGUUACUGAAGAAAAGUUCGAUAAAGAUGGACAUUAA